AUGGCCCUCCUGAUACAUCUGCUGGUCUGCACCUUCGGGAUGGGCUCCUGGGUGGCCAUCAAUGGGCUCUGGGUUGAGCUGCCCCUGCUGGUGACGGAGCUGCCCGAGGGCUGGUACCUGCCCUCCUACCUUACUGUGGUCAUCCAGCUGGCCAACAUUGGACCCCUCCUGGUCACCCUGCUCCAUCACUUCCAACCAGGCUGCCUUUCUGAGGUGCCGAUCAUCUUCGCUGUGCUGGGUGUGGGCACCGUCGCCUGUGCCCUCUUCGCCUUCCUCUGGAAUGUGACCUCACGGGUGCUGGGAAAUGACCACAGCAUCGCCUUCUUAUUCCUCACCUUCUUCCUGGCCCUGGUGGACUGUACCUCCUCCGUCACCUUCCUGCCCUUCAUGAGCCGGCUGUCCACCCAUUACCUCACCACCUUCUUUGUGGGUGAAGGACUUAGUGGCUUCCUGCCUGCCCUGGUGGCUCUUGCCCAGGGCUCAGGUCUUACCACCUGUGUCAAUGUCACUGAGCCAUCAAACAGCACCUCAAGCCUUGAAACCACCAGGAAAACCAACAACAUCCUACAGGGAGUGAACAGCACUCUCGAACCUGCCCUCCUGGGGGCGCUGCCCGCCAUGGAAAGCCGCUACCUCCCCGCCAACUUCUCGCCCACCGUCUUCUUCCUGCUGCUGUCGGCCAUGAUGGUCUGUUGCUUCGUCGCCUUCUUUAUCCUCCAGCGCCAGCCCAGACACUGGGAGACCUCCAUAGAGGACCUGCUCACCUCCCAGGUCACCCUCCACUCCAUCCGGCCGCGGGAAGAGAGCGACCUCCGCCUCCCCAGCAUGGUCGACAGCAGCGAGAGCCAGGGACGCCUAGAGGAGAAGCCGGUGCCCCACCACCCAGCCCGCCUCACCUUCAUCUACGCCCUGGUGGCCUUCGUGAACGCGCUCACCAAUGGCGUGCUGCCGUCCGUGCAGACCUACUCCUGCCUGUCCUACGGGCCGGUGGCCUACCACCUGUCCGCCACCCUCAGCUCCAUGACCAGCCCUCUCGUCUGUUUCCUCUCCAUGUUCCUACCUAACAGGUCUCUGACAUUCCUGGGUGUCCUCACAGUACUGGGGACCGGCUUUGGGGCCUACAACAUGGCCAUGGCGGUGAUGAGCCCCUGCCCACUCUUGCAGGGUCACUGGGGCGGAGAAGUCCUCAUUGUGACCUCUUGGGUACUGUUCACUGGUUGCAUGAGCUACGUCAAGGUGAUGCUGGGCAUGAUCCUGCGCGACCGGAGCCGUAGCGCCCUCUUGUGGUGCGGGGCGGCGGUGCAGUUGGGCUCCUUGCUAGGAGCGCUGCUCAUGUUCCCGCUGGUCAACGUGUUGAGGCUCUUCUCCUCCGCUGACUUCUGCAACCUGCAGUGUGCUCCCUAA